AGUGGCACGACAGACCCAGAAUUGCGACAUUAGAUUUACGUAAAAAACGGGUCUUUUAAAUCGUGGCCGUUAAAAACAUUGGAAACGGCCGUCUCGCGCUGUCCGUCAGACUACAUCUACAUUCUACACAGCCAGCGACUCCUCUUUUAUACUGUUCGCCGGUGAAAUCAACCCAAAGCAGGAAUCUUUUCGUGAGUUCACAUCGACCCAGCAAGAAUCUUGACCGAUGAAGAUAAAGGUGGUUCUGAAUCAAGAAAACCGCGGCGACCCAGAGAUGCCGAAGAAGGAAAUUGUGGAAGACGAAGGAGCUAAGAGGGAGUGGCCUGAGCCAGAAGAAGAUGAGACUCGAGAGCCCAAUGAAGAGAAUUUGAGUCUUGUUAACAUACCCAACUCUUCUGCAUCUCCUCUCAAUUCCUAUCCACAGAAUCUGGGAAAGAGGAAGAGGAAGCCUAAGGAGAUGAUUGAUGAGAUUUCGCCAUUGGUACUCAGCAGGAAGAGGAAGAAGAAAUUGCAGCCUUCUGCUGCCCAGUCUAGCCAUGAAGGUCCUGGUGGUAUGGGGAAGUCUCCAAGUCCUCUCCAAGUCAAGUCGCCUACCCUGAUUCGUGCCGAGGAGGUUCAGUCAAGCCUAGGGCAAGAGUAUCCAACUUUCCUGAAAUUGCUCGUCAGAUCACAUGUUGGCAGCUGCUUUUGGAUGGGCCUGCCCGUGCCAUUCUGCAAGAAAUAUCUAUCGAGGAAGGACACUACAGUUGUCGUUGAAAAUGAAAGCGGAGAAGAAUUUGAAAUCAAAUACAUUGCAGAAAAGACGGGACUUAGUGCAGGUUGGAGGAAAUUUGUGGCUGCUCACAAGUUGGUCGAAGGAGAUGUUUUGAUAUUCCAAUUAACUGGGCCGGACAGAUUUAAGGUGUAUGUAAUAAGGACUAACGAUUUAACUGAGGUGGAUGGAGCUCUUAGCCUUCUAAAUUUGGAAGUCCUUACAAAGCAAAGUGAUGCAGCGGAAGCAACAAAUCCUAACAACAAAAGAAAGAAGCGCCAGAAGUCGCUUCCUUUGACCGUGGUGCAGAAGAAGAAACAUAAGGCGCAACAACUCGUUCAGUUGGAAGAACAGUCUGGUAACGAUAGUGACGAGGUUGCUUCUGAGGUUUUCGAGGGUUCCAAAUCCUUGAGCCUAGCUGCAUCUUUCGGAGACAUAAAAAGUUUCGAGGAUUUCACCAUAGUGGUGAACGGUGUAUGCCUAGACUCUGAGAUCCCCGAGCACAUUCGAAGAAAAUACUACGAGCUAUGCUGCAGCAAGAACGCUUUCCUUCACGACCGUCUCCUGACGGGUCUAUAUGGCCAGUUGAUUGCGGGCAUGAUUUUUGAAGUUGUGAGCAUUGCGGAUGCCCUUAGGGCUUGUAAGCUCACCACUGCGAGGACCGAAUUUGAAGUGUGGGAUAAGUCCUUGAAGUCCUUCGAACUUCUGGGCAUGAAUGUUGGAUUCCUGCGCGAUCGUGUUCGACACUUGCUGAAUCUCGCUUUCGAUUCAGAAGGCGCUUCAGAUGCAAAGAGGUAUUGGGAAGCUAAAACUGGGCUGGCUCGUACUGAGGAAGAGAUAAAAACCAUUGAAAUAAAGCUCGUCGAGCUGAAAGAAGCUUCUAAGGUAUACAGUGCUGACAUCGAGGCUCUGAGAUCCAAAGCCGAGAGCUUUGAACUCAUGUUCGACGAAGAAAUUAAUGCGCCCUGGUAAAAUUCUUGAAUGGUAACUGUUUUGUAGUUGAAGAUAAAAGGCUAGAAGAAUAGCGAUGUUAGCGUUUUCGCUAUCAUCUGUGUUGUUAUCUUGGUUGUAUUAUAUUGACAUGAAGAACUUAUUAGGACUCAGAAAAAUGAUGCCCCACCAAAAUCUUGUGAAUGAGGGAGGGUACUUCGAUUGCAUUAUGGUUGUGAUCUUUCAUAGUUAUUUCCCAUUUGCAGUUUAUAAUCAAGGAUUUUUGUACUUCCUUUGGAAAUAUAA